AUGGGAAAUUGCUGUUGUAAUUACUCGGAUGAAGAUGAAGGAAAACAGAUCACACCAAGAAUUCGGUUCGUUAAUGGUAGGCCUUUACAGCAAGGAUAUCAAGCUAUCAACGAUCCUAUGAGUAUACAUGUGUUUGAUCAUGCUUCACAAGAGAGACUCAAAUUAAAUCAUUUGGUUUGGCGACAUUUCUGGAAAUGUGAUCUUAUUUCACCAGUUGAACAAAAUUUUCAACAUGGUGCCGCUGUGCUCGAUUCUGGUCCCGGCACAUGGAUAAUUGGGCUAGCCGAGAAAUAUCCAACAGUAACCUUCACCGGUGUCGACAUUUUACGAACAUUUCCCAAACGACGUCCACACAACACUGAAUUCUCGCAAUGUGAUAUCUUAGAUGGCUUGCAUUACCUAGAUGCUACUUUUGAUUUCGUACAUCAACGAGCGAUGUGUGAUGCGUUCACUAAACAACAAUGGGAAGAUCAAGUUAUCAAAGAAUUGACGAGAGUUACGAAGCCGGGUGGGUGGUUGGAGUGUGUGGAGGCUGAGGUUGGAUUUAUAGGAGAUGGAGUUGCAACUCGGAAGAUUUCCGAUGCUGUGAAAUUAUUGUAUGAAAAUGAUGGAAUGAUUUCAAAUCCUGGGAAAGAACUACUACGAUUAUUUCAUGAAAAUGGACUGGAAAAUAUUCAACAUCAAGAAAAAGAUAUUAUAUUAGGCAAAAAAGCUGGAAAAUUCGGUGAAGCGGCACUAGAAAAUAAUAUAGAGCGACUACGCACACUGAAACCUUUCUUAAAACCUCUAUUAGCACCAGACAUCACCACCGACUCACAAUACGACAACCUUAUCAACACUUUUAAAAAGGAAGUUAAUCAAGUGUCGUCUUCGUCAUCGCAGCCAGUCGUGUGGCGUACACAUCGGGUUAUUGGACAACGUGAAUUUUCGAGGAGUUAUUUUUUUUAA